CGUUGACGUGUACACGACAUGCCGUUCCAAGGAAUGCUUUCGAGAUGGCCUUGACGAAGAAGCUCAGGUAAGCUCUUUCAGGCAUGCGAUGAUGACGCCAGAGGAGACGCGUCGUGUGUCCGUCGGCGGCGUCAAAGACCCGACAUGCUGCGAAGGCUGCUCCUCCUCACGGCUGGUCCGGACUACGUGGCCCAUCCCGCUCUCUCACGUGUACCAGAGCUGCCGGAGGACGUACUCAGUCUCAUCUUCGAAGAAUUACUGACAUCCGGUGACAUCGGCACGCUUCACUCUUGCCUGUUUGUCGACCGAUCGUGGGGCAAGCUUGCGGCGAUACACCUGUACCGACACAUCUGCCUACUGUACCCCGUCCGCACGUCACAAGAUGGAUUCAGCAGCAGUAAAGGCUCACGCUGUCAGGGACUCAUCCGUGCGCUUCGUCUCAGGCCAGAAAGGCGGCGUACUGUGCGAAGCGUCGCCGUCAACACGCGCAAGGCAUCCAAUAGGAGCCAUCACACCUCCUGGGCCGAUCUGCAAGAGCUCUUGGCCAUGCUUCCCAAUCUGCAAACGAUCAGGGGGGAAGGCUAUCUCACAGUAGAUGCAACGGAGCUCAUGAUCUGGCGACAAUUUGCCAUCAUCGACUCCUUGGAUCCUCGCCAGAUCAACAGUACAACUUUGUGCAUGCUCGAUUGGCGUAUGCCCGUCGGCGACCCCCAUCUUGCUGCACAGCGCACAGAGGUGCUUGGCUACCUGUUGUUGAGGCUACCUGCCCUCCGCUCGCUGCGCAUAGAAGGUUUGCUAGCGGGCGAACAUCAGGCAAACUGGCCACGACCGCUCUCGAUUCCUGCGCCAUUGGACAAGCUCGAGAGGCUCGAUCUGCGUUCUUGCGUUCUGACCUCGAGCCAGUUUGAUUUCAUCACGGGCAAUGCCAAGGACUUGCGCUUCGCCUCAUUCGAGAUCGUACUGCUCAAUGGUCGUAGGGCAUCGCCAGAGACAUGUGCGCGCCAAUUUGCCAAGCUAGAAGCGCUUCGUAUCGAUGGCAAACCCUUUACUUGCUGUUAGGUUUCUGUCUUGAGUCGGUCCUGGAGCAUUAGACUGACUCGCUGCUGCCCGCCUGCCAGACGUGAUUGCCAUGUAUCCUCGGCUGGGAUCGAGUGCUUGUAGUCAAAGCGAACGGUGCCGCGCUGAAUGUAGAGACUGCCGGGUGGCAAAAGGACCGAAAAAGCGUCAUCCUUGGAUCGUUCGAGAUGCAUGACUCGCUCGGAGCCCAGAGACAAACCGGCAAGCAAUCCGCCCGAAGCUUCGAUGUUGUCGACAUGCGGAUCGAUACGACCGCUCGAGCUGAGAUGCAGCAAGUGCAUCAGUAGAUGCGUCGGAGGCUCA